GUACCUGUUUCAGCCUACCACUAUAUUAGAGUACCUGUUUCAGCCUACCACUCUAUUAGAGUACCUGUUUCCGCCUACCACUCUAUUAGAGUACCUGUUUCAGCCUACCACUCUAUUAGAGUACCUGUUUCAGCCUACCACUAUAUGAGAAUACCUGUUUCAGCCUACCACUAUAUUAGAAUACCUGUUUCAGACUACCACUCUAUUAGAGUAUCUGUUUCAGCCUACCACUCUAUUAGAGUACCUGUUUCAGCCUACCACUAUAUUAGAAUACCUGUUUCAGCCUACCACUCUAUUAGAGUACCUGUUUCAGCCUACCACUAUAUUAGAAUACCUGUUUCAGCCUACCACUAUAUUAGAAUACCUGUUUCAGACUACCACUUUAUUAGAGUACCUGUUUCAGUCUACCACUCUAUGAGAGUACCUGUUUCAGCCUACCACUAUAUGUGA